AUGGAUCGAGGUUGUGUUCGGUCCCCUCAUGAUUUCGUAACUCCAAUCUGCCUAGAAAGUUGGCAGCUGCAGAGUGCAAGUAUUUGGGCAAUGCUCGCAUCAAAGCUAGCCAGAACGACACAUGUCCGUGGUAGAGGUAGAACAACGCAGGGCCGCUUAUUCCAACAGAGGGUUGACUGA